CUCGCUGGAAGCGCUGCAAGCGCUGCAUGACAAGCGAGUGCUCUGAGUCUGAGCGAGUGCUAUGGUGCUAUGAUGAGAAGAAGAAGCAGAAAUUUGAUUUCCCGUUGGUGAAGACGUUGCAGACAUGCGUUGAGAUCCUUUUUGAACGACUAGUAUGAGUGCACUUUUACCUCUCACAUCGGACAAGAGCAACAUGCAAGAAUGGAUACGCAUGCCAACGACGUACAGAAUGGGCAACUCUACGCUACGAUGUCAAGCCCACUUUGUUAUAGCUGUGGCAUUACUAGGACUGGUAUCUUUAUUAGCAAUUUACGCGCUUUUACCGUGGGGCAAAUACAGUGUGACGAACGUCCACGAACACAGCCAUCAGCACAUCCUCGAAGAAUAUUUCCCCUACAAUGACACGUACCCAUUGACGAAGCCAAUUAUUUACGGACGUAAAGUGAGGUACAAGAUUGGUGUAAUCGCUGAUCUGGACACGGACUCGAAAAGCAAAGAGGAGACAGACACGUGGAUUAGUUACUUGAAGAUUGGUUAUUUGAUCAUCGAUAGAUCUUCUAGUCAAGUUGAAAUGGAAUGGGAAGAAGAGAUGAGGACGCUAAAAGGACACUUUGCCAUGGCUGGUCGUGGCAUGGAGUUGUCGGAGCUGGUGGUUUUCAAUGGGAAAUUGUACGCAAUGGAUGAUCGGACAGGGGUUGUGUAUGAGAUUCAGAAGGAAAAAGUUGUACCGUGGCUCAUGUUGGUUGACGGCAGCGGAGAAGCCACCAAAGGUUUUAAAAGCGAAUGGGCUACAGUUCGAGACGGGGAGCUCUACGUUGGUGGGCUCGGAAAGGAGUGGACAGACAAAGAGGGCAACGUCAUCAAUCACGACCCGCAGUGGAUCAAGGUUGUGACGCCUGGAGGUCGUGUCCAACACCGUGACUGGCAGGACAACUACCGCAAGCUCUGCGAUUGGACAAACUAUGGCCCCCCUGGUAUACGAGGAGACUCUUGUGGAAUUUUAUUUCACUUUCUUCUCUUUCCAGGUUAUAUGAUCCACGAAGCGGUUGCCUGGAGCCAUCGCUUCAAACAAUGGUUUUUCCUUCCUCGACGAGCCAGCAAGCAGCCAUACAAUGAUGUGGACGACGAAGAACGCGGGACCAACCUUCUGCUCCGGAUGGACCCGGGAUUCCAUAGCGUUCAGCUGUCCACUGUGGGACCCCUGAACCGUACACACGGGUUUUCCUCCUUCAAGUUUGUCCCAUUACUGAUGGACUCGUUGAUCGUCGCACUCAAGUCUGAGGAACACAGAGGAAGGACUGCCACUUACAUCACUGUGUUCCGAGUGGAAGACGGAAAUGUCCUUUAUCCGGAGACCAAGAUUGGGGACCACAAGUUUGAAGGGAUAGAGUUUAUUUAAUACACCAUUUUGAUGGUCUUUCUUCCUAAAACGAUGUUUAUCGCUCUGUUUUAGUAUAUUUAUUAAUAUCGAUAAAUAUUGCUCGGAAAGAGUAUGAUGUUACUUUUAGCCCAGAGAAAGACAUCUCUAUAGAUUGUGGCCUUGUAGUCAGGAUUGCUAAAAUUACCUUUAAAGACUAUCGGAGUUUCUGCUACAGAUACAGCCAGUGCUAGAAAAUACGCCGAUACAGUUACAGAUACUUGCAAAAAUGUACUCGAUACUUUCACAAUUGCUUUUUCCAUUAAAUUGAUCGGGUCGA